AUGAGCGACUUUUUUGACCUGCUUGGCAGGAAAAAGUCAAAGCCUUCCAAAAGCACCAGCACACGUCAACCUGAAGCUCAAGCAAAAGGAGCCAUUGAUGUGUCGUCGUCAUGGCUAUCCACGCGACCACCAGGAGGACGAUCCUCGUUUGAUUCAGCCACCCCCAAAGUGCCACCUCCACGCAACAUUGACAGUUUACCAGCCGAGAAGAAACUUGAUCUCAUGUUCAACCAAAUGCUUGACCGACGAGGGAUACAUGAUGAGCAAGUUCGCCGGAACAUGCGUAACUGGGAUAUCAACAAGAAAUGGCUCAUGGUGAAUCAAGAUCGACAAGCAGAAAUACUCGCUUCAUCCACAUCAUUAUACGAUUCAUCUGAAAAUGCAGCAACAAAAGAUCUCAAAGGUGCUCGAACAGCUCAUCCGAUUGUCGUCACCCCAUCCAGUAGCACAAACACCAUGCGGGCGACUAAUCGUAGUAGCACAACCAGCAGCAGUGGCAGCAGCGGUAGUAACAGUACUCGUUCAUCCCUUGGUCUUGCAGCAACAACAGCAUCAACAACAACAACAACGAUACCAGCAGCAAUAUCAACCACCGUGGAUCAUUUACCAGCUGGUGACAGGAAUUCACCCGAAUACUUUAUCAGAAAAUUCAUGGAGCCUAGUCUACGAGCUGUAACUCCCGCUGUUGCAGCCAAUCUUGAAGUGAGCUUACGUACACGUCCUAUCGAUUGGGUGGCUCGAUUUAUCAAACUAAAAGGUCUUCAUGUCUUGGCACAAAAUUUGGCGUUCCUCAAUCGUAUGCAGGAGAAGAAAGACAAAGCAUUGGAUGUGGAAAUUGAGAUUGUAAAGUCUAUCAAGGCACUUGCCAAUACCAAGUUUGGUGUACGAGAAAUCAUGCUUAACCCAGAGUUUAUUCAUACGGUGGUCUUUUCGUUGAUAUCCCCUCAUUGGAUGACCCGAAAACUCGUAUGCGACUUGUUGGUGUUCUUGUGCUAUUGUCAACAUCGCCAGGGCCAUGAGCAUGUAUUACGCGGAUUGGAAUUAUUACAACAUACACGGCAUGAUUUCGGCUUGUUUGAUUCAUGGCUUAAGGGCUUUGAACGCACCAUUGAUGGACGAGGAAAGAUGGGUUCUAUGGUUGGCGCUACAGAUGAUUUCAAGCGAAUGGGCAUGUUCAAUACGGCGGAUAAUCAUCUUAUGGAGUAUGCGUUAUCCAACAUGAUCCUUGUCAAUGCUUUAUCGACAAUGCCACUUGACGAUGUACAUCAACGUAUUCAUCUUCGAAAUCAACUCAAUGCAGCUGGUCUGCAAUCACGUAUCAUGCCCAAACUUGCAGCACUCGAUUAUCAUUGGCUCAACAUCCAGAUCGACAGUUACAACAUUGCCGCCGAGAACGAUUUGGAUGAAGCAUUUGGGGAUGAAAUGUCGAUCUAUUCCGAUAUUUCGCAACCGACCGAAUUAUUUGAUCUGAUAUUGGAAAGCAUCGCUGAUGCUCCACGUGCUUUCGAGUUUUUGCUCACGCUCUUACGGAAUUUACUCCUGAUCAAGGGCGAUCCCGAUACCAAAACGCAAUACUAUCACAUGAUCAGCGAGCUUGUGGGUCAAAUCGUGGUGGAUCGACGUGGUGGAGUCUCUGGCAAAGAUUUCAGCUCACUUUACGGCAUUUCAGUCGGCACCCUUAUUCAACAAUUCAGUAACCAGGACCGAUUGCACAAACUAGAAGAAGAAUCAGCAUACCAUCGUGAACAAUUUCUCAAAGUCACUUCAGAGAAGAAUGAGCUUGAAUAUCAACUACAACAAGUGCGAAGGAAUGGAACCAUCACACGAUCUAUUCCAGGAAAUGAAGAUGAUUCAAGAGCAUUGAUGGGUAUCAAGAAUGAGAAUGCUUCAUUGCGAGAGCUGCUAAAGACAUCGAGAAGCACCAUUGCCAUGCUCCAAGAAAGGUUGAGAGAGGUGGAUGCCAUCACAGAGAGAGAAGAAGAACCCAAUGUACCAGGUCUUGUGCUCGGCAAUGAAUGGAAGAUGGCUCGACGCAAGUAUAUCACCUUUAACGACAAAUCAGAGAAUGCCGAAGUGGUGACAACACGCAACCUGAAGCCCACAGACGUUGGUGCCAAUGGCUUUACUAUACCCAACAUGGUACAACGCAAAGAUUCUGAUAAGCGACCAGGAGGCUACAAACGUAACGGCUUUGUGGGUGCUGAUGUGCCUUCUAUUGAAACGAACCCUUCAUCAGAACCAUCUAGCCCUAUACCAGCUCGUCCUUCGGCACCAGGACCACCAUCCCCUAAUGGCAAUACAACAUCUCCUUCAGCAAAUGAUGGUAAUGCAAAUGGUGCACCACCACCUCCACCACCUCCACCGCCGCCGCCUCCACCACCUACUCGUAAGCGUGAAUCAACCUUAUCAAUGAAUGACGAUACUAAAACAGGACCUUGUUUUUCAUCAGAACCUAAUGCUUCAACACCAGCACCCCCGCCUCCACCUCCUCCACCUCCACCUCCACCACCUCCACCACCUGGUAGCACUGGUCCUCCACCACCGCCACCUCCUCCUCCUCCGCCACCAGGAACUUCACCAGCAAAAUCUAAGGAUGGUCAACAAGAAAUCCCACCUGUACCUGGGGCACCAAAACGAAAGGAAUUGGGACAUUAUCCAGCUGUCAAACUCAAAAACUUCCAAUGGCAGAAGUUGGAGGGACACAAGGUUGAGAACACCGUAUGGACCAUGGAUGGCAUCAAUGAAAAGGAAUUUGAAGAAGUAUUGCAUCGAACGGGCGAAUUUGAAAAGCUUGAAUCCACUUUCCCUGCCAAAGUCAAUACACUCUUUGAACGCAAGCUCAAGGCUAAAAUGGAGGAACGUCGUGAUGCUGUCAAAUUCUUGUCAAAAGAAAAAUCGCGCAAUCUUAAUAUCGCUGUUCUUCCCAAGGUGAAACAAUACAGCUCAUUUGCUCAAGUGCGUGAAAGGAUCCUUGCAGUGGAUGAUGAGCUAUGCACAGAGACAUUCUUGAGUAAUUUGAUCCUAUAUGCACCCACCAAAGACGAUGAUUUACGCACCAUGGAGAAGUAUAUGGAAGCAUCGGAUGAAGAAAAAGCCAAGCUUGACAUUCCCGAGCAAUUCACAAUCGAGAUGAUGAAAAUGUAUCGUUACGAAUCAAGGCUUCAAUUUAUGCUUUUCCGUAUGCAAUUCUGGGAGAAGUACGACCAACUGAUCAAGAACAUGACCGUUGUCGUUGAAGUGUCGGAUUCGUUACGUCAUUCGGAAAGCUUCAAGGAGUUACUUUGCAUUAUCCUUAUGCUUGGUAAUUAUAUGAAUGGCAUGAGUUUCCAAGGUGGUGCGUAUGGCAUGCGUGUGUCCAGUAUCAACAAGCUGGCGGAUACCAAAGCUUCUAAUACAUCAUCGGUGUCAUUGCUCCAUGUGUUGGUUGGUAUCACACGACGUCAAUUCCCCCACGUGCAACGCUUCCUGCAUGAUUUGCGUAACGUAAACAGUGCCACACGCAUCAUGGCUAGUGUCAAUGAUAUGGUUGAGCAAUACACAGAGAUGCGACAACACCUCAAGAAGCUUGAUACUGAAUUGGAGACUCAAUGGCAGGAUGCUGAGCUUGAUCCCAACGAUCGAUUUUUCCAAGUGAUGACCAAGCACCGUAAUGCUGCUACAGAACGAUUUGAGGAGCUCGAAACGCUUUAUAUCAACAUGGACGCUAAAUGGAAAGACGUCAUGUCAUUUUAUGGCGAAAAUCCAAAGGUGAUGCGACCUGAUGACUUUUUCAGCAUCUUUUCAAAGUUUGUGGUCAAUUGGAAGGAUGCUGCUCUUGCUGAGGAAAAGCAAAUGAAAAAGAAGGAGCGUGAGGAGAAACGAAAGAGAGAAGAGGAAGCUCGUAAAGCACGCUUACAAGCCUUACGAAAGCAACAACAGCAAAUGCUGGACUUGGAUGAAGAAGAACCAGCAAGUCCAGGAGGAACCCUUGUUAAAGAUGACCGUUGUAUGAUGGAUAAUUUGCUUGACAAGUUACGUUCCGGAGAGACUGAGAACCGUCAACGACGUGAACGACGACAACGACGAUUACAACAACAACGUGAUGGUGACCAGCCAAUAUCACCCACUGAAACAAAAGACGAACUCAAGAUUGAUACCACCAUGAUUUCAGCUGAAGAUCUACUCAAACGACUACAAACCGAUUCAAUUGCCCUUUAA